GGCUGCUGAAUGAAUUAACAGAUUUAUUUGUGCUGCUAAACUUAACUUUUGUGUCUUCAAAUUUUUUAUUCUCUAAAUUAAUUGUUUAUUACCAAGUUUUCAUCAUUAAUCUAGGAAAAAAUGUUCCGUAAUCAGUAUGACAAUGAUGUUACUACUUGGUCUCCACAAGGAAGGCUUCAUCAAGUCGAAUAUGCAAUGGAAGCUGUUAAACAAGGAUCUGCUACAAUCGGAUUGAAGAAUUCAACUCAUGCUAUACUAUUGGCACUUAAACGAAGCACAUCCGAAUUAAGUGCUCAUCAAAAAAAGAUUAUUCCAAUUGACAAUCAUGUCGGAAUAUCAAUUGCCGGUUUAACAGCUGAUGCACGGGUUUUGUCAAGAUUUAUGAGAAAUGAAUGUAUCAAUGAACGAUAUUCCCAUGAAACUUGUUUGCCAAUUAAGAGAUUAGUUGAAAUCUUGGGAAAUAAGAUGCAAAGUUCAACCCAAAGGUACGAUAGACGUCCAUAUGGUGUUGGUUUGUUGAUUGCUGGCUAUGAUGAUAGUGGACCACAUAUUCAUCAAACUUGUCCUUCUGCAAAUUAUUUUGAUUGUAAAGCUAUGGCUAUUGGAGCACGAUCACAAUCUUCACGCACUUACUUAGAGAAAAAUUUAGAAAAGUUUGCUGAAUCAAAUUUGAAUGAGCUCAUACGCCAUGGAUUACUAGCCUUACGUGAAUGUUUACCUAAUGAUUUAGAGUUAAAUGUUAGAAAUGUUUCUAUCGCUAUUGUUGGUAAAGGACAAGAUUUUAAUGUUUAUGAUGAUGAGAAAGUUACUCAAUGGCUUGAUUUACUAUCUGAGGCUGAAAAGAAAGGCCGAGGAGCUGGAACUAGUGAUCCAAGUGGUGGUGGAGAAGCUGGAGGUCAAGCUGAUGCACCAGAAGGAAUGGAUGCUCAACCGGGAGAACCACGUCCUGCUGAUCCUGCAGUUGCUGAUGAUUCAAUGGCUGUCGAUUAAUACGUAUCUUACUUUUUGUAAUUAAAAUAAAUAUGUAUUCAAAUCACUUUCUCAACAAAAUUUUUUAUUGGACAAAAUAACACUCUUCAUAUGUUUAACAUAA